UUAUUACCAGUAAGUACCACUAAGUAGCUUUAGAGCUCCAUUUCUCUAUUAUAAUCAUUAUAAUAACCUCAACAUCCCUUAUCAACUUCUACAGACAUUUAAAGGAAUAGUUCACAUAAAAACAGCAAUUAUGUCAUAAUUAAUACACCCUCAUAUCGUUCCAAACCUGUAUGACACAAAGGAGAAGUUUUUCAUAAGUGAAUUGUGACCACAGAUUGUCAUGGUCGAUCAUAGAGAAAAAUCAUAUGGUUUUGGAAUGAUGUGAAUGUGAGUAAAUGAUGAAAGAAUUUUCAUUUUUCAUCCUUAACAGUGAAAGUAUUUAUUUGCUUAACUAACUGUAAUCAAAAUCAUUUUCAGACAAAGUCUGAAAUGUGUGUGUAAUUAUGUGUUUGUUGAGAGCCAAUUAUGUGUUUGUGGAGAGCCACUGUGUCGCGUCACAGAUUUGUUCUUCAGCCUCCCACUGCCAUACGUGGCAUUCUGUAAGUGCACUGGACACUUCUAUUUCAACACAAUUCCACAUGCUGCAGAAGACAGAUCAAAUGAGACAGUCUCACAUUUCAGCAGAAGAAAGGAACUCAUUCAGGUUUGGAACCACUUAAGGGAUCCUAGAGGGCAGGGCCUAAAGUUUGAGUGCCCUCUCUCCCCAUGUGUACACCUCCUCUACCUCCUGUGCUCAGAUGAUGAGUGCCUCUUACUGAAGACUGACGGACUGUGAAGAACCUGCCAGCAGAACUGUACAGUAUCAGGAUCCAAGGUGCUACUUUUGUUCUUCUCAUACUCUCCAUUCCUCUCUCAUUGAGAGGAGGUUCUUGAGGUUCCAGCCAAAAUCGAAGGCCGUCGGACCCCGUGAGGGACACGGUAGUCAGAGGUAACCAUGACAAACCCUUGCAAUGUUGUUCUGGAAAUUCUGGGGAUGCUGAUUGGGAUGGGGGGCUGGUUUUGUUCCCUGGCGGCCACCGUCAUGCCUCAGUGGCUGUCACUUUCUACUGAACUAUUUGCCUUGCAGAGCAUGGAACAAGGGCUUUGGGAGUCCUGCGUGUUCAAUGAGGUGGUUGGCACGGAGUGCAGCCCUUAUGACACUAUCCUAGGCCUCGACCCUACUUGGAUGUUGGCCCGUAUUCUGAUGUGCCUGUCGGAUGCCACAUGUCUUCUCGGACUGCUCCUCGCAAUCCCUGCCAUGAGUCAGAUCAACUGCUGUAAGAGUGAGGAAGGACGACGGACCAAGCGGGGUUUGAAGAUCACGGCGGCUGUGUUUUUAUGCAUAGCUGGAUUGUUGGUGCUCACUCCCGUUUCCUACGUCGCUCAUGAUACUGUUAUGAAGUUCUUCGAUGAGACCACACCUCACGUGGUGUCACGUUCAGAGUUUGGGGACGCGCUGUUCAUCGGCUGGGCUGCAGGAUUUCUUGACAUUGUGGCAUCCGUCCUGUUUUUUGCCUCUUGUUCUGACUCAAGAUACAGUGAACCACAUCUGGCGUAUCACCAUCAAAGUUCGGACAUCAGAACUGUCGAUGGUUCAAGAAAACGCACUGAGUAUGUUUGAGAUGAUCCUCACUGUCCUGAAAUGACUGUUAAUGUUGAUGGGGCAGGACGAAAAACUUUUUGAAUUGAUCUUUUAAUCAUUUUUUUCCCCUCUGGAAAAUGUUUAUAAUUAAGUUCAAUGCAUACAUCAAUCAAACCCAUGAAACAGGUAAAGCAAUAUUAUGAUGUAUUUAUCCUUCUGUUUAAUUAUGUCUUAUCAUCAGUAAAGUCUUAAUAUUAAAAGGUUGCCAAUAUGGUUUCAGUUCAUGUAAUAGAGAUAGUGAUUGAAACAAGUGCCAAUAAUAAAAAUUUUCUUCCCAUUUUGUGGAAAUGUA